AUGCCGCAAACGCUGGAGGUCCUCGACCUCCCCACAGAGAUUCUAGCGUAUAUCCUCAUACAGGCCAAUUUCGUGGACCCUGACGUGCCUUGGGUACUCAGCGAGACCUGCCGUAGGCUCCGUGCUGUCGCGCUCUCUGUGCCGGAGGCGUGGACACAUGUGUACUUGCCUCCCACCACUUUCAAUCAGCUGGCACCGAGCCUCAAAUCAAAGGACGCGGACGAUGCAGAUCAUGACUCUGAUGAGGCGGACUCAGAAGUCAAGACCCCGCGCCCUCUCGCCCUAUGGUUGGAACGUAACGGCCAGCGCCACUUUCAUCUCAGUAUCAGGCUCUGCGACUUGCCUAGUCGCCCUGAUCGCAUGAUUACCGUGGCGCGCGAAAUGCGCAAUCAUGGCUCUCGCCUACGUGGAAUAGCCCUAGAUGGAGAGAGUCCGUCCGUCGCUCUUGAGCUUCUGGCGAUAGUCCUAGAGCGCGUGGAUUCUCUUCCUCAUAAACCCCAAGUCGACGUGCAGUUCAAGGCUGACGUCUUUUGGUCGAAAACUGGCCCACGAGACGUCGUGAACGGACUGGAGAAAAUGGCAACAGCUCACGCAAGUGUUAUCAACUCGAUCCGUCUGGAGGGAUUGGUGCCGCCCCCUGGGACCUUUCGUGACAAGCUUGAAGACCUGGCCGGGUUGGCAAUCGACACAAAGUUCCUGCAAUAUUCUUCCAUCGGCUUCACGAACUGGUCUUAUGGUGACGAGAUCCCACCUGAUGCCCUGGCGCUCGUCACUCUUCCCGCGAUGGAGUACCUGGAUGUCUGGCAGACUUGCCCCGAAGCAAUCCUCCUACUAGGAAUGCAUAUGCCCGCGCUGCGCACACUGAAAUUGCGCUUCAGUAUCCCCAGCAUGUUCGAAGACGAUCGAAUGCGCCAAGUCGGACCCGCUUUCGCUCAGUUCGUCGAGCGUACGCCGCAUCUGCGUGUCGUCGAUCUUGACUCUGCCCCAAUCUCCAAGGACACGCUAUGCGUAGCCCUCUGCUCAAUGCCCGUGCUCGUCGACCUGGGUCUCGAGGAUAUCCUCGUCACUGGUGGAGUGGUGGACGCGCUGGCAAAAGAUGCGGCGUUGGCGCCGAACUUGGCCCAUCUGCGGGUGCGCAAGUGCGACAACGUCACUGGCUCGAGCUUCAUGCGGCUAGCCCUCGCGCGCAGCUGGUUGGACAACGAGCACGACAUGACGUCACAAUGUCACCCAGCCCCAUUGGGAACAAGGAAGCGCGCGAAUAGCACGCCCAACGCGCAGUUCGUCGACUACGCGGCUUGUCUUCGUCCUUCACUGGCCCAAGUUUCCGGGCCCGCAAUCAUGUCGGAGUCCACGAUGCUCAUGUCUCUGCCCACGGAGACACUCACGGCCAUCGUUCUGUUCGCUGUCGCCGUUGACAUGGGCAUACCAUGGGUGCUGAGCGAGACCUGCCAUAGGCUGCGCGCUAUUGUGCUCUCCUUACCGCAGGCGUGGACGCGCGUGCACCUGGCCCCGGUCACCUUCUACGAGUCCAAGAUUGGGCCCCCGCCUCCAGCUACUGAAGGCGAAGACGCAGACGAUGACGUCGAUUUGCCUGGAUUGAGGCUUGCUCGACCUCUCGACCUAUGGCUGCAACGCAUGGGCGACAACCCAUUCGAACUUCAUAUCGAGUUCUGCGAUCUACCCAGUCGUGCUCUGCGCAUAGGAAAGGUCGCGUCAGAAAUUAGGAAGACGGAAAGUUCCGACAUUAGGGACCAAGCCGACAACCGUACAGUUGCGGGGGAAUUGGAGAACGUGAUGGUCGGUAACGCUGCCGUCGUCCGCUCUCUCCAUCUGGAAGGUCUCAUUCCCCCUCCUGGAGUCAGCCGGGAGAAGCUCGAUAGCCUUACUCUGCACGAGAAGAUGUUGAACGUCGAAUUCCUGGUCAAAGUCCUGCCUCGUUGCCCGCGACUGAAGGAGCUGCGCACAACCGACAAGCGUAUCCCCUAUCGUCACUCGACGCACAUUAUCAAGCAGGGCAUGUUAUCUGCUACCUGGUCCGACUUCUCCCGCGCAAGGUGGGAUUAUGGUGACCCGCUACAACCGGAGAUGUUGCCCGCCUCGCUGACCGAGCUCGAGUAUCUCGAUAUCGGCAUCCAGCGAUGGGUUGGGAUUGCCUUUGCGCUGAAGCAGCUGCAACUGCCCGCGCUGCAUACCCUCAAGAUGCACUGCUACCUCGACGCGGAGCUGGCGAUGAGCGGCUAUAUGAAGCACUUUGGGACCGAUUUCGUCCGCUUCGUCGAGCGGACGCCGUCGCUGCGCACCCUCGACCUCAACGAAACGCCGAUAUCGAAGGGCGCGCUGUGCGAUGCCCUCCGCAAGAUGCCUGCGCUCGUCGAGCUGGGCCUCGGGGAUCUCCUUGUCACCAACGGCUUUGUGGACGCUCUGGCGCAGGAUAGGACGUUGGCGCCCCACCUGACCUAUCUGCGGGUGUAUAACUGCGAGAAUGUUGCCGGCUCGAGCCUCGCCGGCCUGGCGCGCGCGAGGUCUACGCGCUCUGGCGGGAAGUUGCAGAGACUAGAUGCGGACCUCUGCAAGCACGUUACGAACGCAGAUAUCAGCCGCAUACGAGGGAUGUUGGGUGGUUGA